AUGGAUCGUACCCCAGGCAGUGUAGUCAUCCGCUCCCGACACCAUGAAGCCUACAGAAACAUGUACACUUGCCUUAAUGCACAGGCCGACUUAGAUUCCGUCUCCGAUAUUGUCCCUGACUUCAUCAUGGAUGAAGGAGCCAACUUCUUUUGCAUCAUGGAAAACUGGUCAGAAGAAGAUAGUGGUCCAGUUUGGUCCCAGCUUCUUCUGGUGGGUUAUUUCAUGGUGAAGGAGAUCAAUGAGGACCCCAGGCUUUUACCAAACAUCACACUGGGCUACAACAUCUAUGAGACCUAUUUUGACGGGAAAAUUACUUCCGAUGCCAUGAUAGACCUGCUAUCUGUAUCGGUGAUACAAGAAAUGCUGAACAAGAACCUAAAGACAAAUGCUGGAAAAGUCUGGAUCACGACAACUUUUCAGGACAUCAACCUGAAUCUGGCUUAUGGUUUUGAUCUCUUCCAGCACAUCCAUGGUUCUUUUUCCUUUCUUCAUGCUUUUCUGAGAAUAUUUUAUAACACUUCCUCGGAGAGACUGUAUGUGGAUGAGAAUGGGCAGAUGGCCGGUGACUUUGAUAUUGUGAAUUGGGUGGUUUUCCCCAAUAGAUCUAAUGGUCGAGUUACGAUUGGGAGCAUCACAGGACUGGCAUCCUUUGAUGCAAAAUUCACCAUUCAUCCAGAAGCCAUUGUAUGGCCCUGGCAGUUUAAGAAGACUGUGCCUCAGUCCAGGUGUGUGGAAAGCUGUCGCCCUGGAUACCUUAAGGUGGUUCUGGAAGGAAAGUCAGUUUGCUGCUAUGCUUGUUCUCAAUGUGUAGAUGGGACAAUCUCGACUCAGGAAGAUGCAGACCAUUGCCAGAUGUGUCCAGAAGACCAAUAUCCAAACAAUGAACGAGAUCAAUGUGUCCCCAAGGCUACAACCUUCCUGUCCUAUGAAGAAUCUUUAGGGAUAAUCCUAACUUCUUUUGCAUUAUACUUGUCACUCACCACAGUUGUAGUGUUAGGAAUCUUCAUUAAAUACAUGGAAACUCCAGUUGUCAAAGCCAAUAAUAGGGAGCUCUCCUACAUUCUCCUCAUCUCCCUCUUGUUUUCCUUUUUGUCAUCCUUUCUGUUCAUUGGCCAUCCAAGGGAGGUGACCUGCCUUCUCCGACAAACAGCCUUCAGCAUCAUCUUCUCGACUGCUGUCUCUUCUGUGUUGGCCAAAACUAUCACUGUGGUGAUUGCAUUCACGGCCACAAAGCCAGGCAACAGAAUGAGGAAAUGGUUGGGGAAGAAUCUGGCCAACUCCAUUGUAUUUUGCUCUUCCAGUAUUCAGCUUGGCAUCUGCACCAUCUGGCUGGGAAUUUCUCCACCAUUUCCAGAAUCUGACAUGCAUUCUCAGGCUGGACACAUCAUCCUGCAGUGUAAUGAAGGCUCAGUAACCAUGUUUUACAGUGCCCUUGGCUACAUGGGCUUCCUGGCUGCCAUCUCUUUCACAGUGGCUUUUCUAGCCAGGAAGCUGCCUGGGGCAUUCAACGAAGCCAAGCUGAUCACCUUCAGCAUGUUGGUCUUCUGCAGUGUUUGGUUCUCCUUUGUGCCCACCUACCUAAGCACAAAGGGGAAAUAUAUGGUGGCCGUGCAGAUCUUCUCUAUCUUUGUCUCCAGUGCUGGAUUACUCAGUUGUAUCUUUAUUCCCAAAUGUUACAUUAUUGUAGUGAGGCCUGAUCUGAAUAGAAAGGAACAUCUAAUAAUGAAAGUGAAAGAUGUCUUCUGA